AUGUCACAAGAAACUGUAGCACUGUUUACUCUAAUCACACAAAGCUGCCAUGUAGGCUGUUCAUUCUGCUUUAUAGGGCGCGGCACUGGGUUCCGCCACCGCGUGCGGAGGUGGCCGACUUCGGACCUGACUGGCCGUCAGGUGAAGUUUGUCCCUCCAGCUUUCGACCCGGAGAAGAAGACUGUCUUCGUCAUCGGCGACUCCCACCUGAGGGGCCUGGUGGAUGGGGACGUCGCCUUACCCAAGGUACCUCUCUCUUUUUCUUUUCUGUCUGUUCCAGGUGGAGGUGCAGCUGACUUGAGGAAAGAGGUGGGGCGCCUGGAGUUCCCGUGGACCCCGGAUGUCGUCUGCGUGCUGGCCCCGAGCAACGACCUGGACCGUGGCGAUGCGGCGGUGGAGUUCGGCGCGCUCCUGACCAGCGUCCGCAGCCGCUGGCCCAAGGUGUUUGUUCUGGACUUCCCCCCGCGUCUGAACAAACCCGUGGGCCUGCAGGAUCUGCUGCGUCAGGAGCACCACCGCGUCGCAGCACGCAUGGGUCUCCCAUUCGUGGCUGUGACCAGCAGCUUCCUGCUGGAUCGGUUGGAGCUGUGGUGUUAUGACGGCGUGCACCUCAGCGACACAGGUGGCUCGCCCAUCCUGGUGAAGCUGUUGUGCGACGCUGCGCUCACCCUGUUCGCACCCGAUCCCCCUGCACCUCCUUCCCCUGGUCUGAAGGACUGCCUGGAUCCCCGGACGUGGCCCAGGGUUGGACAGGAGGGAGAGAUGGCCUGCAUCACUGCAUCUGCUGUUCUUUGGAGGAAGAUGGCAGAGCGGCAGUCAUGGACCCCCAUGCCUCCUGUCCCCGAGUUGGUCGCUCGUGGCUCGCCCAUCCUGGUGGAGCCUGCGCCUCCUUCCCCUUGGUGGACGUCGACACCUGCCCUGGUGACGAGGCCAGACCCCCUGCCCCGUCGGCGCACAGAUCCCCGGAGGUGGACCACGGUUGGACGGGAGGGAAAGGCUGGAACACAGCCGGUGCUACAGUCCCUUCCCAUCCCGUCCAACCCUGUGUGGUUCAGCAGUCCUAUGUUGGAUGCCAUGGAGGAGUUCGCUCCUUCCUCUGACUCCGACUGCACUGCUGUCCCACCACCUGGCCAGGCUUCUCCUGGGAGGUGUCGUCGGAGACCUGUGGCCGUCAAGCGCGCCGGACGGAGGGAGUUCACUCCUUCCUCUGAGUCCGACUGCAUUGCUGUCCCACCACCUGGCCAGGUAAUGUGUGUCAUAAACUUCUUUCUACGUAUAGUGUCAAUAAUGAAUCGUAAGACACUGAUGUAUAAUACAUGUGUAUACAACACUUUCUCUGUGUAUUAAUCCAUUCAUCCAUCUUCUACUGCUAUUCCUGGCUUGGGUCCUGGGGGAAGCAGCCCAAUCUGGGAAGCCCAAACUUCCCUCUCCUCAGCCACUUCUGCAUGCUCUGCCCGAGGCGCUCCCAGGCCUGCUGAGAGACAUAGUCUCUUCAGCGUGUCCUGGGUCUUCCUCGUGGUCUACCACCGGUGGUACAUGUCCUGAACACCUCAAC